UUUCCGCGGCUCUGCGCCGGCGCGGGGAGAACGGGGCUUUGUUCCGUGAAGGGGGCCGGGUCACUGCCGGGGAGGGAAGCGGGCUGGGCCGGGUCGGCUCCUCAUCCCACCCGCCGGGCCCGGAAGGAGGAAGCGUUCGCGGUGCGGGUUGCUUCCCCCGGUGCGGGGUAACGGCUUUCUCCUCAGGGUGAGGCGGGAACUUGUUGCCCGCCCGUGAAAAUAGGAAAUUCGGUCAGUACGGCGGAAGAAACACUCCAUCGGGUUAUCCAGAGGCAGCUGUUCUGCAUCUACCCUGCUCCUGAAGGAGGGACUGAAGGAAAAGAAAUAUGGACGUCAAGAGUAGAAAUUAUUUACUUAUGAAUCGCCAAGCAUUGGAAAAAGACAUCAAGACAUCUUACAUUAUGGAUCGUAUGAUUUCUGAUGAAGUACUAACAUUACAGGAGGAGGAGAGAGUGAAACAACAGAAUACACAGAAGGAGCGAGCAGCUAUGCUAAUAAACAUUAUUCUUACAAAAGAUAAUAAUUCAUAUAGAUCCUUUUAUAAUGCACUACUUCACGAAGGGUACAGAGAUCUUGCAGCGCUUCUUCAGGAUGGCAUCCCUGCCAUCUCCUCUGGUAACGGAAAGAGUUCAAUGGAUGGAAUGACUUCAUACGUUAAGACAGUUCUCUGCGAAGGAGGUGUACCACAGAGACCAGUUGUGUUUGUCACUCGGCCAAAACUGGUAGACGCUAUUAAACAGAAGCUGUGCUGCCUGGGAAGUGAUCCAGGCUGGGUCACAGUUUAUGGAAUGGCAGGUUGUGGGAAGACUGUUUUAACAGCAGAAGCUUUAAGGGAUCAUCAGCUCUUGGAAGAUUACUUUCCAGGAGGAGUUCACUGGAUCUCUGUUGGAAAACAGGACAAAGCAGGGCUCCUAAUAAAACUUCAGAAUCUCUGUAGUAGAUUAGAACAUGACUCUACUCUUUCACAAAGGCCACCACUCAACAUUGAAGAGGCUAAAGAUCGUCUUCGUUUGCUGAUGCUACGCAAAUAUCCCAGAUCUCUUUUGAUCCUGGAUGACAUUUGGGAUUCCUGGGUAUUAAAAGCAUUUGAUAAUCAAUGUCAGGUUCUUAUCACCAGCAGGGACAGGAGCGUAACAGAUGCUGUAGCUGGCAAUAAAUAUGAGGUUCAUGUGGAAAGUGGACUAGGACAUGAGAAAGGACUGGAGAUUUUAUCCCUGUUUGUGAAUAUGAAAAUAUCAGAACUGCCAGAACAAGCUAACUGCCUUGUAAGAGAAUGCAAAGGUUCUCCUCUUGUGAUAUCCUUGAUAGGUGCACUAUUACGAGACUUCCCCAGUCGUUGGGAAUACUAUCUCAAACAGCUGCAGAAUAAACAGUUUAAAAGAAUAAGAAAAUCAUCUUCUUAUGAUUAUGAAGCCCUUGAUGAAGCAAUGUCCAUAAGUGUUGAGCAACUGAAUGACAAUUAUAAAGACUACUAUAAAGAUCUCUCUGUCCUCCCAAAAGAUGUUAAAGUACCUACUAAGGUUCUCUGUAUUCUUUGGGAUAUGGAAACUGAAGAAGUUGAAGAUAUACUACAGGAAUUUGUUAACAAAUCGCUAUUGUUCUGUGAUCGUAAUGGGAAAUCAUUCCAUUAUUAUUUACAUGAUCUUCAACUUGACUUUCUUACAGAGAAGAAUCGCAACCAGCUUCAGGAGCUACAUAAAAACAUAGUAAAUCAGUACAAGAAAUACUACAAACUUAAUACUCCUGUUCCAUCUCAAGAGGAUUGCAUGUACUGGUAUAACUUUCUAGCGUAUCACAUGGCUGGUGCCAACAUGCAGAAGGAACUCCGUGAUCUUAUGUUUUCUUUAGACUGGAUUAAAGCUAAAACAGAAUUGGUAGGGCCUGCUCAUCUGAUUCAUGAAUACGUAGAAUAUAGUUCAAUCCUGGAUCAAAAGGAUAGCACAGUGCGUGAGAACUUCCAGGAAUUUCUGUCUUUAAACGGGCACCUUCUUGGACGGCAACCGUUUCCUGACAUUAUACAGCUGGGUCUUUGCCAACCAGAGACAUCAGAGGUGUAUCAACAAGCCAAGCUAUAUGCACAAAGAGAAACAGGAACAUUUUAUUUGGAAUGGAUAAAUAAAAAAUCCUUGAAAAACCUCUACCGUCUGGUUGUUCGUCCGCAUAGAGAUGCAGUUUACCAUGCCUGCUUUUCUAAGGAUAGACAAAGAAUAGCAUCAUGUGGAGCUGAUAAAACACUUCAGGUGUUUAAAGCAGAAAGUGGAGAGAGACUCCUGGAGAUAAGUGCCCAUGAUGAUGAAAUACUAUGUUGCGCUUUCUCUGCUGAUGGUGAAUUUGUAGCAACUUGUUCAGCUGAUAAAAAAGUGAAGAUCUGGAAUUCAAGAACAGGCCAGCGUAAAUGUGUGUAUGAAGAACACUCAGAGCAGGUCAAUUGCUGCCAGUUCAAUAACAGAACUGGUCAGUAUCUUUUAGCCACCUGCUCGAAUGACACUUUCAUCAAACUUUGGGAUUUGAACAAAAAGUAUUGUAGAAAUACGAUGAUGGGUCAUGAAAAUUCUGUCAAUCACUGUAGAUUUUCACCAAAUGAUGAAUACGUUGCUAGCUGCUCAACAGAUGGAACAGUAAAGCUUUGGGAAGCGCGUUCAGGAAAUGAACUGAAAAGUAUCGAGAUAAAAGAUUUCUUCAAAAAUGCAGAUGAGCAACCAGAUGAUGUGGAGGUUUUAGUAAAAUGUUGCUCUUGGUCCAGAAAUGGUGACAUGAUUUUGGUGGUAGCCAAAAAUAAGCUUUUGCUUUUUGAUGUUAAAGCAUGUGGUUUGCUAUCGCAAGUCAUCAUAAGUCAUCACAGUACAAUCCAAUACUGUGAUUUUUGUCCUGGUGAUGAGUUAGUAGCAGUUGCUUUGUCUCACUGUUCCGUUGAGUUAUGGAAUAUUAAAUCUUUAUCAAAAGUGGCAUAUUGCAGGGGACACAUGAGCUGGGUUCACUGCGUGACAUUUUCGCCAGAUGGAUCUUUGUUUCUGACAUCGUCUGAUGACCAGACAAUACGUAUUUGGGAAACAAAGAAGGUGUGCAAGUCUUCUGAUGCUGUGCUAAAAAGUGAACUAGAUGUUGUAUUUCACAAUGGUGAAGUGAUGAUUUUAGCGAUUUACAAUCAGAAGCAUUUGCAACUUAUAAAUGGAAAUACAGACAGUGUUAUUAUGCAGACAGCAGCUCCAGAAUCCCCCAUUUCCUGCUGUUGCUUAAGUGAAGAUCUUAAAUUUGCAGCUUUUGGACAGGAGAGUGGAACAAUAAAGGUAUUACAGUUGUUGGAUGGGAAGGUUCUGAAGUCCCAGGAGGCCUACAGGACAUCCGUGCAGCAUUGUCGAUUUACCUCUGAUUGUCAGACUCUCAUUUCAAGUGCUCAUGAUUCAGUUAUACAGGUAUGGAACUGGCAGUUGAGUGAAUGUGUGUUUCUGAGAGGGCACAAGGAAGCAAUCAAGGAUUUUAGACUUCUGGAAAAUUCAAAACUUCUUUCUUGGUCAUUUGAUGGAACUGUUAAGGUUUGGAAUAUCGCUACUGGAAAUGCAGAAAAAGAUUUUGCUUGCCAUGGAGGUGCUGUUCUUUCCUGUGCUGUUUCACCUGACGGUAGUAAAUUUUCAUCUACUUCUGCUGACAAAACUGCAAAGAUAUGGAGCUUUGAAAGUUCAUCUGUUCUUCAUGAGCUGAAAAGUCAUGAAGCCUGUGUGCGGUGCUGUACUUUCUCUCCUAACAACAAAUUAUUGGCCACUGGAGAUGACAAAGGAGAAAUAAGGAUCUGGGACAUUUUAACAGGCGCAUUACUUCAUUUCUGCUCCCCAGUUACUGUAGACGAAGGAGAACCAACACAUGGUGGUUGGGUAACAGACCUCUCAUUUUCUCCUGACAGUAAAAUGCUUGUGUCAUCUGGAGGCUUUCUUAAGUGGUGGAAUGUAACUACUGGAGAAUCCUUACAAACCUUCUACACGAACGGAACAAACCUCAAGUCAAUACAUGUGUCCCCUAAUUUCAAAGUGUAUGUGACUGUUGAUAAUCUUGGUAUUCUUUAUGUAUUACAGAAGUUGUGAUUAAUGUGCUGAAAACUGCAAAGAUAAUUCAUUUUUUUUUAAGCUGGAGACAAAAUUCUGCUAAAUGAUUGUCUGACACUCACUAAGCUGUGAAUUAUAUUUCAUUGUUGUAUUCAUGAUGUUUUCAGGUAUAUUAAUGUACAUUUAUGCAUGUUUUUUCAAAUGAACUUGCAUUUAAUCUUGUUUUUAAUAAGAAUUAUUAUAAUUCUUAAGUCUUGAUUUGCAUCUUAAGUAUGUUGUUUCUAAUUUUGUAAGGAAAUUUAUAUUAAGAUUAUUCAAAUGAGUUGACAUUAAUAUUAACAGUGAAAAAAUACUAGGAAUCUAAUACUUUGAAAUUGUAUUUAGUGCUAAGGCUGAUGGCUAAAUGCUCUCUAGCCAUGAACACAACUGUGUAAGAUGCAAAAAAAUUUUUUUUUUUUACUGUGAUGGUAAGGAUUUUCAUUUAGUACAGAAUGGAAAGAAUCAGGGACAUCCUUCAUUUGAAAAAUGAGACUAGCUAUCUUGGUGCUUGACGUUCAAAACAAAUCAAGUAGCUGUUCAGUUUACAGCAGCAGUGCUUCCCGCUUGCAAUAAGAACCUUCAUGCUUCUAACCUUGUGGAGAUAAAGUGCACUGUAACACAUAUGAGCUAUUCCUAUUAAGGGGAACACCUUGAGUCGUGUUUUCUCAAGGCAAAAUCUGAAAGGAUAUUGCAAUUUAAAUGGAAGAGAUUGUGCCACAUUUCCAGUCAAAGGGUGAAUACAGCUAACCAGCUAAACUGAGAAUGGAAAUGGUUUAAAAGGUAUAUAUUGAAAAAUAUAAGGAGGUGUGAAUUUUAGUUAUUUUGCCUUUCAGAAUUAGCAUUCAGUUCAUACUAUGGAGACAUUUUACUGUUGUCAGCUUUGUUUACAUGGGAUUCUAUGCACAGGGAUCUCUUGCCUGGUAAUAUGUGAUUUCCUUAUGUGAUUUUCUGGGUUUUUGGUUUGGGUUGUUUUUUUUUUUCAGUCUAUUUAUAGAUUCAAUCUAGGGUAGAAAUGUUGACGUUUUGUACUAAUUAUACUUGACAUAUCUUUUGUGAAUAAUUAGAUAACAAUUUUUCUUAGGUGCCUAGUAAACCUUGUUUAGUAAAUUGUCUCUCAACUGCUAUGAGCAACUGCACAAGCAUUAAUAUGAUUUUCAUAUUUUUGUAGUUGGCAGUAGAACACUAUCUAAGUACUUGAUUGUAAAAAGUACAUUAGCAAGUGUCUCAACUGGUACUGAACAAUGAAAUUCUCACUUUUAUUAUUUUUUUGUGUGCAUUUCAGAAGAUUUAAUAUACAUUCUUAGUAUUUUCCUGGCUUUGACAAUCACCAGUUUUUCCUCUUUUUUAACUUAAAAUUCCACCAUUUCUAAGGUGCUACUGAAUACGGGUCAGUAUAAUUAAAGUACUGCUGGCAGAAAUUUAAAGAGAAGAAAUUCAAUAGAAAAAACAUGAUGUUUUGUAUUCUAAGUAUUUACAGCAUUCAAUAAAGAUCAUCCAGGCAAUAUUGGCCAAGUUGUAAAUUAA